GAUCUUUUCCUUUUUUAUUUUAUUUCCUUUCCCAGUGACGGGACAAGAGGAAGCAUUUUGGAAAAGGGUGGACCCGUAACUUUGCUCCCGCUCAUACACGCAUUGCCGCUCCGCUAUUUGCUUUGCCCCCGAUCGAUUACUUCCUUCUCUGACUGAUUGUUCCAUUUUCUUCAACCUCAAUUCUCCCAAUUUUUCAAAUUCAAGUUGCUGUUUUCUGUAUUAUUCGAUUCAAUUUCUUCGAAUUAGGGUACAUACAUACAACACAUGGCCUCAUCAGCUACCAUCAACAAGAUCGAAAGAGCUCACCAGAUGUACAGGGAAGGUAGAUAUGCCGAAGCUCUGGGUUUUUAUACGGAUGCUCUUUCUUUGGCUAAAACAAAGUCCCAAAAGAUCGCUCUCCACAGCAAUCGUGCUGCUUGUUUCCUCAAACUUCACGAUUUCAAAAAGGCAGCAGAUGAAUGUACAUUGGUGCUUGAACUUGAUCAAAAACACACAGGCGCGCUGAUGUUGCGCGCUCAAACCUUAGUCACCCUCAAGGAGUACCAUUCAGCACUUUUCGAUGUCAACAGGUUAAUUGAGUUGAAUCCAUCAUCAGAAGUGUAUCAAAACCUCCAUGCCCGUCUGAAGACCCAAUUGUCACUUGCUCCAAUACCUGAAGAUGAAGCAGAGCUUGACGAAGAUGAUGACUUAAAGGUAGAUUGGGAAGAACAAUGUACAAAUAGAGAAACCAAUGAAGUUGAUGUAGGAGAAGACAAAAGAGAUGUUGUGGAAGUAACCACAAUAAAAGCCGAGUCUGGAAGUGUCAAACAGACAACUGAAGUCAGUGAUGUUCCAAAAAUGGAAUCGUCUGAACAACAGUCGUCUAGCUGGGAAGCAAUCCCACAGCCAAAAGGACAUUCACGGCUUGACUAUUCUAGAUGGGAUAGGGUUGAAGAUGAGUCUAGUGAAGAUGACGAUGAUGAUGAUGAUGACGAUGAUUCUCAACCUCAGUAUAGAUUCCGUGUCAAAACUAUUGGUGUGCGAGCUGUUAAGUAAGACGAAGAAAGUAUUUAAUGCAAAUUGGGCCAUACAAUUCUUUGUUGUUUCAUAUGAAGAGAUCUGAAAGUCUAUUGGGCUUCGAAAUGAUGCUAACUUUGUUUCAUUCAGCAUCACGUGGAAGCUCUGGCUCAUGUUGAUAGUUCCUUGUACUUGUGAGCAUAUAAACCUUAUACUUGUGAGCAUAUAAACAAUGUACAUUUUAUAUGAAGUGAGAGAGCAACAAAAACUGGGAUAUCAUCUGCCAGAGUGAGAUGGUUCUGGCAGUGUUACUAUGACUCUAGUGCUGUUUUGAUUGUUUUCCAUUCCGGAAAACUGGUGUCCAGGCUGCUGGCUGUACAAUUCUCUUUGGUGGAACAUUGUAGAUUUACGUCUUUGGAUGCAUGAUUCUGUUGAAUGAAUGAAUUGUGAGACCACCAACAGUGUGUUUCUCCGUUAAAUCAAUGAGAAGAGGAACAUACCUUUCUUCUU